UACGAGCAGCCGCGUGAUCCCACUGGCUGCGAGAAGCGGACGAAUAUUCCUGAGAGCUCCUUCACAAAGUCCGUCUGCCGGGGAGCGGGACUGGGGACCCCGAGCGCUCCUGUUUGGGAGAUGAUUCAGAGGAUGACGAUCUGGAGGGAAGGCUGAAUUGAUGGGACACACGUGAAAGCGGCCAACACUGCGGAGGUCCGCAUCUUCCACCACGGAGAUGCGUACGAAAGGACAUUUGCUCGCAAUGUUUACGCGCGCGCCUCUCGAGUGGCUCUGAGGCGCUCGAGGAAGAGGAGGAGGAUGACAAAAGCGCAUCCCGUUCGAGCGGCCGACACGCUGUUGCGUCUGUGAAGAAAGCUGAAAAGCCUCCACAAGAGGGACUUUUCGUGUUGUCGGUGCACUGGAAAAAGAACUCUUUUUUUUUUUUUUUAAUUGCCACUUGGUGCGUUGGCAUCCGUGCGGACUACGACACCGCUGACUUUUUUCUGUCGGCUAUUCUCAGGUCAUCACAAGACGCGCAACAGCGAACACGGGCGUCGGACCCGGCGUCACCGUCAUGGGUACCGUACUGUCUCUGUCACCCGGCUCACGCAAGUCAAGCUACUACGACAAGCGUCCUGGCUCGCUAGGCCACUACCCGAGCCUGAGCAGCCGAUCUCUCAACAGUCAAAAAGAGCGCGGCUUGAAGAGAGGCCAGUCCAUCUUCCUUCCGGUACUCACGUGGAAACGACUGGUGGCCUCUACCAAGAAGAAGGGCAACUCCAAAAAAGGCCCCAACGGUCCAGUCGGCUUGGUCGACCCGCUCAACAACAACAACAGCAUCAAUAUUUACCAAAAGGAUCCCGUGCUGCACCUCAACUACGAGAAUGUGAGGAAGUCUCUGUCCUGCGCCAACUUGAGCACCUAUGAGGUCUCGGCGGGACUUGGCUACGGCCUGGGACUCGGUCAGGGCCGCGUGUACGGCUGCGCGAAACCCCGCCCGCUUUCUUCGGCCCCCCGGGGGACGGCGGCCGCGUCCCCUAAACGCGUCAUCGUCCAGGCGUCCACCAGCGAGCUGUUGCGCUGCUUGGGGCAGUUCCUGUGCCGUCGCUGCUACCGGCUGAAGCGCCUGUCGCCGUCCGACCCCGUCCUGUGGCUGAGGGCCGUGGAUCGCUCGCUGCUGCUGCAGGGCUGGCAGGACCAGGCCUUCGUCACGCCGGCCAACGUGGUCUUCGUCUACAUGCUGUGUCGGGACGUGGUGGACGGCGACUCGGUGGCGUCGGAGCACGAGCUGCAGGCCAUCCUGCUCACCUGCCUCUACCUGUCCUACUCCUACAUGGGCAAUGAAAUUUCCUACCCGCUGAAGCCUUUCUUGGUCGAGGCGGGGAAAGAGGCCUUCUGGGACCGCUGUCUCGCCAUCAUCGACGCCACCAGCUCCAAAAUGCUGCGCAUCAACGCGGACCCUCACUUUUUCACGCAAGUCUUUGCAGAACUCAAAAGCGAAGGGGGCUGCGUUGCGCAAGAUUACGCUCGGCUGCUGGAUCGGUGAGAGGAGAUUCAGAAGCGACCUUCCGGGUUUUGUUUGAAUUCUCACGACCGCUUGCCGCUACCGUCCGACGCUAUCUGCUGCCAUGUGUAUUGAUUUCAUGAUCGCACCUUGCCAUUUGGAAAUUUGAGAUUGCGAUUGAAAUAUUGAUGGAUCGGUGUACAGGAUUUACUGUCAUGCAUUCAUCACUCCAUUUUGAAGCAAUGUAAAGUUUUACUCAUUCAGUACCAGACAAUUCUAGACCAAGUCUGAAAAGACGUUUAAAAACGUCUUUGGGAGUGAAUGAGUUAAAAAAAAAAUGUUAACCCAACAAAUUCGCCCCAAAAUUGAAUCGAUUCGCUCUCGCCUUCUUUUUGCUUCAUCAUUUUAACCAAGAACAACCAUGAAAACAAUCGGAGUCCCAUUUGUGUUGUUUACCUUGAAAAUCUGCCUGAGUUGACUUGAAUUCAGGAGCCAUUUGCUGCACCCGUCUCCCCCGUCCAAGCCUGCACAGCACAUUUUGGUGGCUCCAGUUGUCUCAGCUGCCUCUCAGGAUCCCUCGGCAUCCUCGCGCGUCUCUUUAAUCAACACGCGCGACUCAAACUGGAGUUCCCGCCGUUCUCUUCCGAGCACCAUCACCUUAUUUCCCGCGCCGGGAACCUAAACAUCCACGCGGAUUGGAUUGACAUUUUUCCAUCAGAGACGGAAUCAUAAAAUGUGGCACAGACACUUUAAUCUGACACGAUUGGAUAUUCCCGGAGACAAUGCGGAGCGAGAUCGCGACUGGCAGACUGACUGACGGGAACAGCUGCAUGUCGGUACAAUGCGAGUCCUGCUGUGCGCGUUUUGGCUUUUGUGGGUCACCUGGCCUGCGGGGGGACAGUUGCCUAUUUUUACCCAAAUCAAAUAUACCGGGGUUCUUGACGAGUGUUUGUCAGAGUCGUCGUAAUAUGCCCUACUUUAGCGUGGACGCACGCGAGCGGAAGAGUGACCGAGUUGCGAGUGGCCAGCCGCCAGGGUCGUCAGCUGUUCGGCCCGUUCCUGCGCUCCCUUGCCGACAGGCCGGCGCAGCAGGCCGGGUAUUAAUUAGAUUAGUAGAUUACGCCUGCCUGCCCCCCCGCCCCCCUCAAGACCUCUGCCCCUUCUUUCCCACUCAACAAGCCCCCGGCAAUAGUACGGCGGCUAAUCCAGGCCGCGCUGGACGGCCUUUUAAAGGCCCCCCUCCUGUGCUCUUUAUUCGGAAGAAAAGCGUGAGACGCAAAUACAAGUAUGACAUCGCUGCAAAUUUACAUGAAACAUUAUUUAGUAUAUGGC